AUGCAACCAGAAACUCCAGGCGAGGCAAUGGCGACGCACAUUUCACGUGCCUUCUACUUGUCGGCCACGACGAGCUCUCCGACUCCCUUCUUGUACCAAACCCGGACCCUUGCGCCUAUAUCGUUGUCCCUGCAAAGAACGUUCGCUGCCCGUGUACGCCAAUAUUCAGCAGAGAACCGAGCAUCUUAUGAGUACAGGAGACGAGGCCAAAGUCCUUCGCAUGAAGAUUCUGAUGGAUCUGUACACGAAACCUUAUCACAUCAAUCUGGCUCCGAAUCAAGGGCUAGCAGUUCACAACCACGUCGAAGUUACUUACGACGACGUUCUGCGUCAUUGACAUCCAAGGCCCGGAAUCAGGCGCGGAGCUCAUCGCUGAAUUCGAAGAAAAGCUCGACCACGGUGACUGGUUCUGAGAGAAAGGCAUUUGGAGAGUUACUUGGGCAACUUGGCGUGGGCCGAGAUCAGGCUGCAGAUUCGGGGAGCGCAGCAGAAUCACAACAUGGUUCCGGGGAAAGUCAAGAGCGAAUCCAAGAGCUCAUGGUCAAGUUCGGUUCGAUCUUGAAGGAUAUUCAAGAGAAAGAGAAGCCGUCUACAAGAGCCGAGAGGGAAAAGCAGAGGACAGCGGGCUCCGAUCAUGACCUGCCCCUCGCUGAUCGAAUCUCCGAAUACCCAGAGGGUGAUGGGGAGUCCUUGGAUCACCUAGGUGGACCUCCAAAGCUUCGUCUCAGUGAUCUCGGCUACAGCGAGCCAGCAUCGGCGACCAUGAUGGAGCCUGGGAUCACCAUCCAGGAGGCGGUUGAGAUUGUGGUGAAGAAAGAGUCGCAGAAGAUUGAGUUUGCGCUCUUCCAAGCCAUUGAGGAAGGCAAAGGGGAUACGGGCUUGUGGGAGGUGUGCAAAAAGCGCAUCUUCUCUGUAUUGCAACAUCUGGAUGAGGGCGCGGAACUCACUGUGCCAGGAGAUGACAAGGCAGCAGAGGUUGCCGAUCCGGUGCACGCCUCAUCGGGGCCAUUGAGAAUUCCAGCCGUUGUGCCAAUCGGCCAGGUUGUUACGGAGCUCUACCCCCGGACUCUCCUGAUUGCUUUCCGUCUGUUGAAUACGCAUUUUCCAGAGUCACCACUCAUUGGUCAGUUCCGGUCGACUAUCAAAGAACAAGGCCGUGCAUCUGCACUUUUGGGCUCGUCCGUUGCUCUUUACGAUGAGAUGAUCCAUUUCUACUGGCACGGUUGCAAUGACCUGCCCGCUGUGGUCUCCUUCCUCCAUGACAUGGAUGUGACAGGGCUCGAGCCCAGUUUCAGAACUCGCAGGUUGCUGAAGGAUAUUGUUCGCCAGCGCAAGCGAGACCUCGGUGAAGACGGGCCCGCCACGCAUGGCCAGGAGUCUUUCUGGAAAUUCCCUCCCAAUCAGGCGGCUUAUGAGGAGCUUGCUGGACGGGGUGGAUGGCUUGAAAAGCUCCGAUCUCGCGCUCGGGAGUCGCAAGAUCAGCGCAAACUUCGACCUGGCAAUGUACAGACAGCUUGA